AUGGUCUAUCUACUAUCCCAAGACCCUCACCAAUCGUCACCAUCUUACCCUCACACGCUUUAUCCACAUCUCUUCUUUGACCUCCAACCUCUGGACGGUGAUGGUGAUGAUGCUGCUGGCGGGAGAAAAAAUAAAAAUGGCGUCUCUAGGAGGAUAUUCGAAUUAGGCAGAGCCAGACUGUCUAAUAAUAAUAAUAAUAAUAAUAAUAAUAAUAAUGAUGACGAUGGCGAUAGUGGUGAUGACGAUGAUUUAGAAAUGGAUACUAAUAUACGUAACGGUGAUAAUGACGAUACGAGAAUGGCGGUUGACGGUGAUGAUAAUGAUGAAGCGGGAAAAAAGCAAGAUGGCGCGAAAAAUCUUUCCGGAAAUGCGGAUAAAAAGCGGGAUGUUGUAUUUAGAGGAAUCGACAUGACACACGUCCCAAUCCCAAUAACGUCCAACUUAACACUCUGUCACCGUGAUAAUAUGAACAGAACCGUACUACACUACCUACUUCCAUUCAAUAAUAAUAAUAAUAAUAAUAAUAUCAAUAAUAAUAAGUGCGGUCAUGUUGGCGCGAAAUCGAUUUACGAUCUUCUCUCUAGAGUUCCGGUUUUCGAUAACCACUUCCUGCUUCUUCAUUUGGUGUCUUUGGGGGCCAGGAUUGUCGAUAGGGACGAUAAUGGAGAUAGGAUUAGCGAUCUAGCCGUCGUUUACGGCUGCCGGAAGUUGUAUCAGACGUGCAUUUAUCUGAGUGGCGGGCGUGAUGGCCAAGAUGGCGUUGAUGAUUAUUAUGACAAGAGAAAGCAAUACCUGGCUGGAAACACUAAUAUUAAUAAUAAUGUCGGUCUUGAUGAUGAUGACACUGUUAGAGUCGAUCCUGAUAGUGAUGCCAGAUUGUUCAUUGAAGAUUAUGAGAAGAAAAUGCUGAAGAGGAAAAUAAUUCAUCAGCGUCAGAAAGAUAUGUACGUGCUCUUCAAUAGAUGGGGGAGGGUAGGGGACAGAGGGCAGUACCAACAGACCCCAUUCCCUUUAAGAGCCGACGCGGAGAAAGAGUUCAAGAAGGUUUUCAGGGCCAAAACAGGAAACGAUUGGUCUGAAUAUAAUAAAUUCGAACACAAGCCAAAAAAAUACCGACUGGUCUCUCUGGAAUCGAGACGGGCACCGCUAAGAAAAGAGAACAUCCCUAUUGAUUUGCACUGCAACAAGACGGAUGUAUCCGGAAUGAAGAAUCGAAUGAACCAGAUGGGACUGAACAAGUCGAACGUCGUCCUGGGCAGGUUGAGCAGGAGUGACCUUGAAAAAGCCAAGAACAUCUUAAAGGAAUUGUUAGCGUUGAUAGAUAGACGAGACAGUACAACAGAAAGAAUGAAUGUUGAAAGCGAAGAGUAUCGGAAAAUUUCUGAAAAGAUAGCAGAGCUGUCGAACAAUUACUAUUACAUUCUUCCCAAGCAAGGAUUCGAAUAUGAAAAACUGCCCAUUUUGGAUAACGCGAAUAAAAUAAACACUGAAUUAGGUUAUAUCGAGGAACUCGCCGAAUUAGAGUUAGCUUCUAGGUUCAUGGUCGCAUCUAUGAGCAGAUCUUUGGAGAUAAACACAUUCGAUUACAUCUACAAAUGUAUGGGCUGCCGUAUCGAUCCCAUCGAUGAAGAGAGUAUGGAAGGCCAGUAUCUACUGAAAUAUAUCUACUCAACUUUUACAGGGAAAGUUGAAGCAAUUUUUAGACUGCAGAGCCAGCUGGACGUUGGGAAAUUCCAAUCUGAAAGAUCGGAAAAUCGGAAGUUAUUGUUCCACGGCAGCAGCAGCACGAACCUCAUCAGCAUCCUAACCAGAGGACUCUUAAUAGCGCAUAACUUUGCCACAAAAUCUGGAAGCAUGUUUGGAGAGGGCAUCUACACGGCCGACAUGUUUACGAAGAGCGCCGACUACUGCUAUAACUACGCUAGCCACGCAAGCAACGUGAAGUUUAUGCUAAUUUGCGAGGUCGACCUCGGCAAGGUGAAGGUCAUUCACUCGACGUAUUCCAAUAAAUAUCCGCCCGUGUCUCACGAUAGUGUCCUUGGCAUUGGGGAAACCGCGCCCAACCCUGUUUAUGACGUCACAAUGUCCAGCGGAGCAGUGAUGCCCGUUGGCGACCUAAUUAACAUAAAGGAAAAGUGGAAAAACCCAGACGGAGAUUUCAGCUUCCAUAACAUUGUGAAUAGAAAUGAGUACAUAGUUUACGAUGCUAAUAGGGUGGCCCUCAAGUACCUUAUUCAGUUUGUGCAGUAGCAGCAGCAGUAGUAGAGUAGUAGUAGUAGUAUUAGUAGUAGUAGUAGUAGUAGUAGUAACAACAAUAAUUGUUUUUGUAACGAUGAUAAUAAUCUUUUUGUCUUGAAAAAUGAACUCUUUGAUUUCGUUGUUUCUAUGAAUGUAUAUUU